CAGCAUGCCGGUAAUAUAUAACCGUCCGAGAAGCAGAACGUUCCUUACCCUUUACAUCCCGGAGAGGUCUGCUGUGUCUUGCAGUCAGUUUUCCCCAUUCCAUUCCAGCACAUUCUGUAAACUCCGGCCGUAUAUUCGUAAACAUGUCCAAGGGACCAGCAGUGGGAAUCGACCUCGGAACCACCUACUCAUGCGUUGGUGUGUUCCAGCAUGGAAAGGUGGAAAUCAUUGCCAAUGACCAAGGCAACAGGACCACACCCAGCUAUGUGGCCUUCACAGAUACAGAGAGGUUAAUUGGAGACGCAGCCAAGAACCAGGUGGCCAUGAACCCCACCAACACAGUGUUUGAUGCCAAACGGUUGAUUGGCCGGCGGUUUGACGAUGCUGUUGUCCAGUCUGACAUGAAGCAUUGGCCGUUUAACGUAAUCAAUGACAGCAGCCGGCCAAAGGUUCAGGUUGAAUACAAGGGUGAAUCUAAAUCCUUCUACCCAGAGGAAAUCUCCUCCAUGGUGCUGACAAAGAUGAAGGAAAUUGCUGAGGCUUACCUUGGGAAGACUGUCAACAAUGCUGUGAUCACAGUACCGGCCUACUUCAAUGACUCCCAGCGUCAGGCCACAAAGGAUGCUGGCACCAUCUCUGGGCUCAAUGUUCUGCGCAUCAUCAACGAGCCAACUGCAGCUGCUAUUGCUUAUGGGCUGGACAAGAAGGUCGGGUCGGAGAGGAACGUGCUUAUCUUUGAUCUUGGUGGCGGUACCUUUGACGUUUCCAUCUUAACCAUUGAGGAUGGUAUCUUUGAAGUGAAGUCCACUGCUGGAGAUACUCAUCUUGGUGGGGAAGACUUUGACAACCGCAUGGUUAACCACUUUAUUGCUGAGUUCAAACGCAAGUACAAGAAGGACAUCAGUGACAACAAGAGGGCAGUCCGCCGUCUGCGCACCGCAUGCGAGAGGGCAAAGCGUACCCUGUCUUCCAGCACCCAGGCCAGCAUUGAAAUCGACUCGCUCUAUGAGGGAGUUGACUUCUACACCUCCAUCACCAGAGCUCGUUUCGAGGAGCUGAAUGCCGACCUCUUCCGUGGAACCCUAGACCCAGUGGAGAAGUCUCUCCGUGAUGCCAAGAUGGACAAAGGCCAGAUCCAUGACAUCGUCUUGGUGGGAGGCUCCACCCGUAUCCCCAAGAUCCAGAAGCUGCUUCAGGAUUUCUUCAAUGGAAAGGAGCUCAACAAGAGCAUCAACCCAGAUGAAGCUGUUGCUUAUGGAGCUGCUGUCCAGGCGGCCAUUCUGUCUGGUGACAAGUCUGAGAAUGUGCAGGACCUGCUUCUUCUGGAUGUCACACCCCUGUCCCUGGGCAUUGAAACCGCUGGAGGGGUCAUGACAGUCCUGAUCAAACGCAACACCACCAUCCCGACAAAGCAGACCCAGACCUUCACCACUUACUCUGAUAACCAGCCUGGUGUGCUUAUCCAGGUUUAUGAGGGUGAGCGUGCCAUGACUAAAGACAACAAUCUGCUGGGGAAGUUCGAGCUGACAGGAAUCCCUCCUGCUCCUCGCGGUGUUCCACAGAUUGAGGUGACCUUUGAUAUUGAUGCUAACGGUAUCAUGAAUGUUUCUGCUGUGGACAAGAGCACUGGCAAGGAGAACAAGAUCACUAUCACAAACGACAAGGGUCGCCUCAGCAAGGAGGACAUUGAGCGCAUGGUCCAGGAAGCUGAGAAGUACAAGGCAGAGGAUGAUGUACAGCGUGACAAGGUGUCUGCCAAGAAUGGGCUGGAGUCCUAUGCUUUCAACAUGAAGUCCACUGUGGAGGAUGAGAAGCUGGCUGGAAAGAUCAGUGAUGACGACAAGCAGAAGAUCUUGGAUAAGUGCAAUGAGGUCAUCAGCUGGCUGGAUAAGAACCAGACUGCUGAAAAGGAUGAGUAUGAACAUCAGCAGAAGGAGCUGGAGAAGGUGUGCAACCCAAUCAUCACAAAGCUGUACCAGAGUGCUGGUGGAAUGCCCGAAGGCAUGCCUGGUGGCUUCCCAGGAGCAGGUGGUGCUGCUCCUGGUGGAGGAUCCUCCGGCCCAACCAUCGAGGAGGUCGACUAACCAUUCCAUCCUCAGACCUCCUGGGAUGCUAAGAAAGAAGCCCUCUUACAGCACAAAUUACAACAGGCUUAAGAGUGUACUUGAAUAGGAUCAUAACUGCAAUGACACAGAAAAUGUAGUCUGCAUAGCAAACAUUGAUUUGACUUUUUUUUUUUUUAAGGCAAAUGUCACUUCCUUAAAAAUAAAACUUGGAACAAUCAAA